AUGAAUUAAACUCAGGGCUAGAAUACUUAAGCUAUUUAAAAUGAAGAGUUAAUUUUCUUUGAUUCUAAAGGAUUAGAUAUGCUAAUAAAAUAGAUGGGAUUUGAGGAAGUUGUUUAAUUUGAUGAAAAACCUAAAUAAAUGAUAAUUGAUAUUGGAAAUGAAUUUAUGAAUAAAUUAUUAGAAGAGUCUAUGAGAGUAAGUUAAAAGCGUUAAUAAUAAAAUGAUGAAUUAAAAAAUACAAAACCAAAACUUGCAUUUUAAGAUGUUAAAUUUGCAUUAGGUAAAUAUUAUCAAUAAAAUAGAAAAUUGUUUAAGAAUGCCAUAAUAAAAUUUUAAUAUUGAAAAAGACAAUUGA